CCUUAGUCAUUCUUACGUAGGGAGUUUCAAGAUGGCGGACACAAAGUUUGUUAGGAAAUGCAAGUGCACAAGAAUACUUUUCUUUGCAAUCCUUGGGAUUUUGAUGGGCGUGGGCGCAGUUGUGGCAGCAGUUGUGGUUCCCCAGUACCUCGGCAACGAUUCAGACGACCUCAGCAGAGCCAAGGAAAUUCUCAGCCAAGUGCCGCUCGUGGACGGCCACAACGACUUGCCGAUGUUCUUGGAAGAUACAGUCGAUGACGUCAUAGAAGAUAUCAACCUUGAAAAUGAUCUGCGUCCGUUGCUAGGCAACAAAUCUCAAACAGACAUCCCUCGUCUGAGGGAGGGUAAAGUUGGCGCCCAGUUCUGGAGUUCGUUCUUUUCGUGUAGAUCUCAGUACAAGGACGCUGUACGCAGGGCGCUUGCGCAGAUUGACGUCAUCUACAGGAUUGUUAGAAAGUACCCGGAUGUCUUUGAGUUCGCCACCAGCUCAGAUGAGAUUACAGACAUUUUCAGCCGGGGCAAGAUCGCCAGUCUGAUCGGUCUGGAGAGCGGACACGGGAUAGACAGCAGCCUGGCGGCACUGCGCAUGUUCUACGAGCUGCGCGUGCGCUAUGUCACCCUGACGCACUCGUGUGACACGCCAUGGGCUGCCUCAAGCACACAUGGCACACCGGUAGGGGACGGCCUGACAGAAUUUGGACAGAAAGUUGUCCUGGAGAUGAAUCGACUGGGCAUGCUCGUGGACCUUUCACAUGUAUCCCAUCGGACCAUGCGCGACGUACUUGACGUCACAGGAGCGCCGGUCAUCUUCAGCCAUUCCUCGGCCUACGCCAUCUGUCCGGUGGCGCGAAACGUGCCGGAUGACGUGUUGGACAGAAUGAAAACAAACGGAGGGAUUGUUAUGGUGAAUUUCUACCCUGGUUUCAUCAACUGCACGGCAAACUGGACCCACUGGGAACACGUCACCCUGGAGGAAGUCGCAGAUCAUGUCGACUACAUCAGAGACCGUGCUGGAGAGGAUCAUGUGGGGAUUGGGGGCGACUUUGACGGGAUCGGUGGCAGUCACCCCCGUGGCUUGGAGGACGUCUCCACUUACCCGCGCCUGUUUGCCGAACUACUGCGGAGAGGUUGGACAGAGGAGCAGCUGAAGAAGUUGGCGGGAAACAAUUUCCUCAGAGUUUUCCGGAAGGUAGAAGAGGUGAGAGACAAACUCCAGUCUGAACGUCGCCCGUAUGAGGACCAUAUCAGUGAGGAGGACCUUGGGAACCAGACAUGCCGGACAACCAACACUUAGGGGCUUUACAAACAUGUUUCCUUAAGAAUUAAUGCACACCACCAAUGAAACACCACGAUUGGUCAAGAAAGUAAAGAAUCUACUGAGGAAUGUUUAGGAACGUUAAUGCUGGGGAGCCAUGAUAAUCAGAAGAAUAGCGAUAUAAAAGACUGGAAAGUUUCAAUCUGUUGAAAACAAUUCAAGUUAGUUAAGUGAUAUAUUAUGCCAUAUAUUUCAGUCAUUGAGCUCAAACAAUCUAUAUCAGGUAUUCUACGAGUAAAAAUGAAUUAACGAAAAGUUUACUCGCAUAGGUUUAUACUUUAUAGUGAAAAAGAGUUCGGAGAUCUUAUGCAUCUAUGACGUAUUAGGGGCCUUUUAGAUUUACUGCUGUAUCUUUUCUUAUUGAUCAUGCCAAAAAGGCUAUAUCUAGCAUUAUCGAAUUUAACUGGUGGUCCAAAAUUACGUCUAUGUGUAUUUUAGCAAUUCACUUUGGUAGAAUCCCGGCCCAUGUUUCCAUUUCAUCACAGAUUUCCGAUAGAUCACGAUCCUUUUAAUGUACCAGUCUGACAUUUGACAUUGGUAGUUAAAGAGGGUAUUAAACACAUUGGCCAUAUCGUAAACAUCAUGAACACUUUACGAUGGAUUGUAUUGAACAAUUGUGUUGUUUUAUAAAUGAGGCCAUAUGUUGAUUUAAUUAUAUGGAUGACAUCCGCGUAAUGCAAUAAAAAUCUCUCAAGCCCACUGUUUUCAAAGUGGUGGAUA